AUGAGAGCUACAGAGUAUAAAUACUCCACCUCUACAGCUACUCCUCAUCCUGCCACAAGAAUGGUGAAUAUUAAAUGGUAUCCCCCCCUCCCAGGAUAUUUAAAACUCAAUAUUGAUGGUGCUCAUUCUUCCACAACGCACAAGGGAGGCAUUGGUGGUGUUUUUCGUGAUCAUUAUGGGAAUUGGAUCCUGGGGUUCUAUCAAGCCAAUCACUGUCUAAACCAUACUAUGGCUGAACUCCUUGCACUUUUACAGGGUUUACAAUUAGCUUGGGAGAAACUAUACUCCUGUGGAAGUAGAAACCGAUUCAGUGGAGGUACUUCAUUUACUUCAAAAGCCUCAACCGGUAGUCCAGCAGUGCGACAUAACUUCAGACAAGGUAACAAAGUAGCAGAUCUGCUAUCCAAGCAUGGCUUGAAGUAUGGAAAUUAUGAUCAACCAACUAUUUUGCUAUCACCGCCCACAAGCGUCACCACCCUUUUGGAAGCUGAAAAGCAAGGAGUGACGACAGCAAAAGUAGUUUCCUUAGCAUCGUAUAAUAGCUUAACUAGUUUAGGUAAUCUAAGUGUGUUAGCUGUCAAUGAUAGCAUGUUUGUUCCUAGUUCUUCUUAUGUAACUCCUUAA